AUGAGCUCCACGAGCCUGGAGGACAUCGUUAAGGCAAUUCAAUACCCCAGCAAAGAGAAAGUCUGGAUGCAGCUGCAGUCCUUGGGCGCAGAGCAUGAACAGCAUUGGCCUGGAUAUACUUUUUUGCGCCGAAGCCUUCCAGAAAAUGUGGAAUAUCUCGUGGAUGUCGACUUAAUAUUUUUGCAGAAGAAAUCCGAAGCUUCCAAACAAAUUGCGCCGGAAGACGUGCGCCAACUUUAUGCGAUGGUCAAAAGCCUCUGUCGAAAAGCGCGGAUCAUUCAUGCGAAGGUGCUCUUCCAGGGGACGGAGGUUUUCAAUGGCCGGUUCCAGAAGCUCGCCGAGGUGCUGUCCGGCGUCGCCAAAGGAGCUGACGUCGUGAUUUUGACAGGAGUCUACACGGUCGAAAGCCAGCGCGGCUGGGCCGUGCCCGUGGAUUUCACGCUCCAAGCCGGUGCGCCUUUCGUGAAGAAGGCAGAGAAGCUGCGGCGUGCCAUUGCAAAGUUGGAGGAGGGCAACUUCGGAAAAGCCGCAGGUCGAGUUCGCAGCCUGCUCUCGCACGGAGACAAAGCAAGCUUCACGCGGGAGUGGACCUCGGCGGGAGGGGCUCUCAGCUUCCUGCAGCGGCAGCUGGGGCUUGUGCACUUCUUGGAGAAUGAGUCUGAGAAAGAGGCAUACAGGCGGCGGCUCUGUUUGCCUGAGAACACUCAGCAGGCCUUCUGGGAGGAUGUGGUCAGUAACGAGCUGCAGUGUAGAGCGAGGGAGCUACUUUGGCGUUUCCGCACGCGGGUCAGUCUGGUUUUGCGACAGUCUAUUGAAGCCACCUGCUGCCCAUCUCCGGCCCCGGUGGCUCCUCCGGCAACUGCAUCGGCUGAGCAGCAGGCAGCAGAAGCAAAAAGCGUGAGAGGCGCAAAACGGAAAGCUUGCUUUGCAGCCUUGGAAAGGGGCACCGAGGUGGGAGUCAAGUGCGAUGACGGCUGCUGGUACGGGGCCACCGUGCUGCACAUGAAGCGGGAGGAAGCUGCAGACAAUGCGCUCCAGGUGAAGAUUCGCUACCAUGGCUGUGGCAAGGAGGAUGACGAGUGGCUUUCUGAGCUGAGCGGCAAAGCCGUGCGGCGGCUGAAGACAACAGCCACGCAAGUUGAUGCCAGCGAAGAAAAUGAAUUGUGCCCCAUUGUGCGACCGGCUUACUUCACCGCUGCUGUGAGAUGUGCACGCUCUGCCGCCCUCUUGCUGGACAAGGCUGCGCAAAAGUCCGAGGCCCUCGAGGCUGAUUGUUACGUUCGACUGCCGUGCAAACUGCCAGCUCGAGAUGCUAACGGGAAAACAGCCACGACGAUUAUUCUGGGACCCACACCCGGGUUUCUUGCAGGGAAUUUCUGA